GUCAUGCCAGCCCUACUGCGCCAGACGAAUUCAUGUCGCACUACUUGGAGAAGCAGGCUGCCAUUGAGAGCCUACUUCACAGCAACCACUGGAAAGCGAUCGAGCGGUCUGCAGCCGCAGAGUCGGAGUUGGACGAGAGGCCCCUGGAGGAAGAAAAGUCAGCAGUGGUGGAGCCUGCAGAGGCCGUCGAAGCUCCAGCGGUGGUGCAGAAGCCGCGUGGGUUCGAGAUCCUCGCGCGGACGGCGAACACCAAAGUUCAUGGGGCCGUCGUCGAAAACAAGGACUGGAGCGGCGGUGCGCUCUUCGCGAGGGCCUGCGCGGACGACCCCUCCUUCGAGCUCUCCGUGUUUCUGCAG